UCUCAGUUUUGCACCGUCCAUAUCUCCGGAAGAAAAGGCUCCCCAAACUUCCUUCUCCUUCUUAUUCUUCCGACAAGUUACUCCGACCAAAGAAACGCCCGCUCUUAUCCGUGCCGGGAAUAGCGGCGAAGCCAUGUCCAAACAGACGUACAGAGUGUGCUUCUGCUUCCGGAGGCGGUUCCGGCUGGCGGUGGCGGAGGCGCCGAGGGAGAUCAAGGAGGUCUUCGAUCAGUACUCCGAGAACGGAAUCAUGACCGUCGAUCACUUCCACAGGUUCCUGGUGGAGUUUCAGAAGGAGGAGAGUGUCACCAAGGAGGAGGCUCAGGCCAUUAUCGACCACAGCAUUCACGACCUCAUGCACCUCCCGAUCUUCCACCGCAAGGUUCUCAAUCUCGAGGCCUUCUUCAAGUACAUCUUCUCCGACAACAAUCCUCCGAUCUCCACUUCUCGCAAGGUUCAUCAUGAUAUGACAGCUCCGUUGUCGCAUUACUUCAUAUACACAGGGCAUAACUCGUAUCUGACUGGGAAUCAGCUGAGCAGCGACUGUAGCGAUGUGCCGAUCAUCAAAGCUUUGCAGAGAGGAGUGAGAGUGAUUGAGUUGGAUAUUUGGCCUAAUUCCACCAAAGACAACAUCGAAGUUCUCCAUGGAAGGACAUUGACUACUCCAGUGGAACUCAUCAAAUGUUUGAGGUCUAUAAAGGAACAUGCAUUUGUAGCGUCUGAGUAUCCCGUUGUAAUAACUCUGGAAGAUCACCUUACUCCAGAUCUUCAAGCUAGAGUUGCUGAGAUGGUCACUGAAACAAUUGGAGAUAUACUGUUUUCUCCUGGCUCGGAAUGCUUGAAGGAGUUUCCUUCCCCAGAGUCAUUGAAGAAACGGAUUAUCAUAUCGACCAAACCUCCUAAGGAGUACCUUGAGGCCAAAGACGCUAAGGAAAAUGAAAACGGUUCGCAGAAAGGAAAGGCUGGUGAUGAAGAAGCAUGGGGAAAAGAAGUAAAAGACCCGAAAUCUCUUAAUGCAACUGAUAGCAAGAAUGAUCUGGACGAUGAAGAAAGUAAUGAUGAGGGAGAUGAUGAUGAUCUCAAUUCCCAACAAUUAGAAGCACCUGAAUAUAAACGUUUAAUUGCCAUUCAUGCUGGGAAGCCUAAAGGUGGACUAGAUGAGUGCCUCAAGGUUGAUCCUGACAAGGUACGGCGUCUUAGUAUGAGCGAGCAACAGCUUGAAAAGGCAGCAGAAACUCAUGGGAAAGAUAUUGUCAGGUUCACCCAGCGGAAUAUUCUUAGAGUUUAUCCCAAGGGCACACGUUUUGACUCAUCGAACUAUAACCCAUUAAUUGGGUGGAUGCACGGAGCUCAGAUGGUUGCAUUUAACAUGCAGGGAUAUGGGAGAUCACUGUGGUUGAUGCAUGGAAUGUUCACAUCCAAUGGUGGGUGUGGCUACGUGAAAAAACCAGAGUUUCUACUCAAGACAGGUCCGCAUAAUGAAGUCUUUGACCCCAAAGCCAAGUUGCCUGUUAAAACAACUUUGAAGGUUACUGUUUAUAUGGGUGAAGGAUGGUAUUACGACUUUCGGCACACACACUUUGAUGCAUACUCCCCACCAGAUUUUUAUACGAGGAUUGGCAUUGCUGGAGUCCCUGCAGAUACUGUGAUGAAGAAAACAAAGACACUAGAAGAUAACUGGAUACCUGCUUGGAAUGAGGAAUUUGAAUUUCCGUUAACUGUUCCGGAACUGGCUCUGCUUCGUAUUGAAGUUCACGAAUAUGACAUGUCUGAAAAGGAUGACUUUGGAGGCCAAGCAUGCCUGCCUGUAUCCGAGUUAAGAAAAGGAAUCCGAGCAAUUCCAUUGCAUGACCGUAAGGGAGAAAAGUACAGAUCUGUAAAGCUUCUUAUGCGCUUCGACUUCGUUUGAAAUAAAUAUCUUAUGAGGGUCUUUUAUGAGUGUCUUUUAUGAGUGAAGGACAAUGUUGUAAAGCUUUUUUUUAUUUUUUAUUUUUUUCUCAUGCGUUCACUUCUUUUAUUCUUUUUCAAUUUUAUUUUGUGAGCUUGUACGUAAUUAGUCAUAAAUGCUUAAGUGUGUUAUACGUGCGUCGUUUGAGCUGUGGUGUGGCAAUACAUUUCUCUUUUAAACUAAUAAGGAUAAAACCUGAUUGUGAA